UCUUUUCGAGUGGGGAUUUGCUGGUCGGGCGCAUGCCUCCCUCUGCCUGGCUCCUUAUAGUGCCUGGCGGGAGGCAGGAAUUCUGACCGAGUGGUACGGACAUCGCCGCCAGAGACCACAAACACGGAGCUCUCCCUUUAAACAAGGUCUCAUGAUCGACAACUCUUUCAAUCAGUUGUCCUGGCGUGGAGGAUCAGGGCGAUCGCACGUCUUCCUUCACUUAUAGAGCAAAGCGCGUGAGUGACAGUGACAGUGGAACUGAACAUCAGCAUCUGACACUCAAAGAAUCCACAGACGACGAGCAAGAUGUUCCUGUUGGUUUUAUGUUUGCAGAUUUUGACCUGUUGAUCAUGCAUCAGCUGUCUGUGAUUUCCCUGUUGGCCUGUCUGUGGCUGGUGAAGCGCUGCCAUGGCAACAGUAGUUUGGGCAACAGCCUCAAUGAUCUACACACUCAGUUUGGUGUCAGCCUCUACCAAACGCUCACAGAGAUAGAGAACAACUCCAACCUGAUCGUGUCUCCAGCCAGCGUCUCAUUGUGUUUGGGACUUCUGCAACUAGGUGCCAGGGGCAACACUUUAGCACAGCUUGAGGGAACUCUGGGAUAUGAUGUCAAUGAUGCUCGUGUACAGGACAUUUUGUCUCGGCCACAAGGAGACCUGGGUAAUUCCAGUGAUGGGGUGCGCCUUCAGCUUGCCAAUGCCUUAUUUGUCCAGAGUGGUGUGAAACUCCUGCCAGAAUUUACCCAGCAUGCCUUGGGAUGGGGUAAUAGUAGUCUACUGAGUGUAAACUUCAGUAAUCCCAACUACACUCAUAGUCGGCUACAGCAAUGGGCACGUUACCAGAGUAAAGCGGAUGACCAUCUCCAGACAAGAGCGGAGCAGCUUGGGUCCGGUGAGGCCCAGGAAGAGGCCUCCGGGAGAGACAGUUUGCUGCACAUUGCUCUUCUGAGCACGGUGGUGUUCCAUGGUGCCUGGCAGAAACAAUUUCUCUUCACUGAGACUCAGAACUUGCCCUUCACCCUCUCAGACGGCAGCACAGUCAAAGUGCCCAUGAUGUACCAGUCAACCGAAGUCAAUUUUGGGCAUUUCCGACUGCCUUCAGAGCAGGAAUACACUGUGCUGGAGCUGCCAUACCUGGAUCGCUCCCUCAGGCUUCUGGUGGCGUUACCUGGUGACCGGAAAACCCCUCUGUCACAGCUGGAAAAGCAGCUCACGGCCCGUGCUGUGGGACUGUGGGAUACUGGAUUAAGGCGCACUAAGAUGGAUAUAUUUCUGCCCAGGUUUAAGAUGCAGAGCAGGUUCAAUCUGAAGCCUGUUCUUCAAUCUCUCGGUAUCUCUGAUGUCUUCAGUCCCUCAGCUGCUGAUUUUAGAGGCAUCUCAGAUGGGGAAGGGCUUUUUGUAUCAGAGGCUUUCCAUGAGGCAAGAAUAGAGGUGACAGAGGAAGGGACAAAAGCAGCUUCAGCAACUGCGAUGGUGCUACUGAAAAGAUCCCGUUCAGCAGUUUUUAAAGCAGAUCGACCAUUUCUCUUUAUCUUGCGACAGAUCAAUACAGGUUCGUUGCUGUUUAUAGGUCGGGUUCUGAAUCCAGCUGAGAUGUCUUGAGAAGAUCCAUGCAAUCACAACUACUUCAAAUUAUGAACACACACUCACACUUGGCAAAAUCAUAAAAAAAAUUAUAUUAACAUGACUCCACACACCCCUCCUCCUUCAUGGUUGGGUGGUGAGAGGAAUAUUUGAGGACCAUUAGGAGGGUCCACUGACACUUCAGGAAGAGGGAUGAGACUUUUGUACAUAUUUGUAAAUAAAAUUUUAUUACAUCAGGGUUUUUUGCACUUCA